UAUUUUUCUUCUAACUUUUAUUUUUGGUCUGGAUCAAUUUUUCUGGGAAUUUCAAUUUUUUCAUAUAUAGGACUACAGGAAAAUCAAAAACAUUCCUGAACAUAACGCUUCUUUCGUCUAUUUAUCCUAUAAAAAUCUAUUCGUUUGUGGCCUCGAAAAGAAAGGAGAAUCACUUGAACUCCUGGGUAAAAGGCCAUUAAUUUGUAAUCUAAUUGUUUUCCUACAUUUUGGAUGACGUAGCGUAGGUAGAGACAUUUUUCCUCAUCCCUCCUCCAUUUCUGGCUGGUUGGCGUGGCAGUGAUUAGUGAAGUAAAGGCAAAUAAAUUCUAGGUGCCUGCUCUGCAGCAGAUGCUUCGAUUUUUUUUUUAUAAAUCCAUGGAAAAGCAAAGCGAUUAAUUUUGACAAUAAAAGUGUUAAAUAAUUACUAAAUGAGUGUCUAAGUUGAAAUUACCAGGAAAAUGAAUGUAAGCGACAUAUUUAUGUCAGGCGGUGAGGAAGGAAGCAACAAUAUGGAUAUCUCUGAGAAUUAUAAUCCCGAACUUAUGAUGAGUUCAGAAUUUUUUGAUUCCGUCUUAUCUUUGCAAAACGAUUUGGAUGAUGGAUUCUUGUCAGCCUUUGAAGAUGAGAAUAACAUGUAUAGUGAUGCCAGUCAUAACGAAGAGGUAUUAUCACCCCAGAGCUAUUACUCUGAAAGUGACAAAAACAGCAACUGCAGCACCGAAAAUACAGAUACAGACACCUCUGGUAUAACCACUAUCGAUGGCCUGGAUGAUCCAACCAUUCUAUCAUUUUUGGACACAAUCACUCAACAACCACAAGAAGUUAAGGAUAUCCCAGUAAUUCACCCAAUAACUCCUGCUGUUUCACCACCAAGGUUUAGAAAAAUAGUGAUUCAGAACCCCAACAAUAAGAAGUGUAUAGCUAAACCAUUGAUUAAUGCGACACAACUGAGAAAAGGCCCUGCUAAUGGAAAACCUCAAAUAAUUAAAGUACAGCAAAUUACUAGUAAUGGAAGGUCGGUUUUUGUACCUUUGAAUAUCAAAAGUAUUAAACUAUUAAAUAGUGCCACUGAUGUUGCCGCAUUGACAAAUAAACGGAAAAUUGAACCAGCUAUUUCUGUACUCAGUGAUGAUGACACUGAAACGAUACCAGAACCAAGUCAUCAAUAUCCUUCUCUACAUCUAAAUAAUGAAGAGAAAAGAUUACUUGCCAAAGAAGGAAUUCAACUACCCACACAUUACCCCUUAACCAAAAACCAGGAAAGGGAACUUAAAAGAAUAAGGAGGAAGAUUCGCAAUAAGAUCUCAGCGCAGGAUUCUAGGAAGAGGAAAAAGGAAUAUGUUGAUGGAUUGGAAGAAAGAGUUAAAAACGACUCAGAUGAGAAGAAAAACCUUUUGCAAAGAGUAAAAGAACUACAAAGGCAGAAUCGCACCUUGGUUGCCCACGUACAGCGGCUGCAAGCCCUUAUUUCGAAAUCAUCCACAUCAAAGGCCACACCUUCAACUUGCCUUAUGGUGUUUCUGUUAUCGGCAUUGCUAGUUUCGCUUCCUAACACGCGUUUGUUUGAGAGUAAAGAUGUGUCGAUUGGCAAAGAACAAGUAAGCAUCAGAAGGUCUUUGCUUAGCGAUCUUCAAGCCACAGCAGAAGAUGAUUUGAACAUGGAGGAGUUCUUAAUAUUCAAAGAUGAUGAGCCUGAACUUGAUGCUAAGUUUGGAGACUAUGUUCAGUCCGACGAUAACUCCACUGAGAAACGGUCAAGCAUUUUCAAUGAGAUUGCCAAAAAACAUAAUGAUUUCAUGAUUGAUAAAAAUGAUUCCAUGGUCAACAAAAAUGAUUCUGACAAAAUGGGUAUAUUGGGAAAAAUCAUGCAAGCGAUGGGUAAUCUAGUGUCGGAGAAACCAGGACUUCUAGAUCCUAAACUGUCUGUAGUUGGAGGGGCUUACAAUCAGCAAGGAUUUAUCGAUCCGGAUAUUGACGAUUACCUACCAGUAGAUGAAGGCCCUUCGUUAAAACGAGCAAGAUAUGCUACAGGCGAAUAUGAACUAACUUUAGCAAACAUGGGUGUCGAAACAGUUGUUUCUUCAACAGUUACAAAUCAGGUGCAGGUAACGAAAGAUAAAUAGUUCCAGGUAAUUGCUUUAUGAAAAAACGUUCAUUCUCUAUUUGCCUUAUUUUAUGUGUGUGUUCCUGUUGUAUUCGUUUAUUAAAUUACAUAAAAUGUAUUUUUGUUGCAUUCCAUUAAAUUUGUUGCCUGUUAUUAUAAUUAAAACUUAGAACGAUUGCUUUAUUCACAUCAUUUGAAAUUUUCUUGGCCCUAAUUUUUAAGAGACUGUUAAAUUUUAUUCUUGAGAUUUCUUUAUAUUAUUUGUUUACUUAUUUAAUGAAAGUUUAUUACACUUUAGUAUGUAGGAUAAUUUAACAUUGAUUCUUCUAUGAUUCAGGACUAUCUUAAACAAUUUGCAUUUCAUGCAAUAUUUAUGUAAUUUGUCCUCUAGAAUAGGGGAUUUGAAUAUAAUUGUUUGCCAAAUUA